UGAUAUUUGAGCUUUUGGUUCAGUUGAGUUUAGUUUUAUUUGGAGUAAUUAACUUUUUUGAUCAUCGUCCUGUUUUUUUGUUAAUUAUUUGGUAGUAUUUAAUUUCCUCCGUAGUUAAGGUAAUCAAAGGGAUAAAUAAGGUGAACAUUGAUUUACUUGGGAAAGAUUCAAAAGAUGACGGAUAUUAGUGAAGAAAAGGGUGAGGAUGGGAAAGUUCGUCCAUUUUUCCACCAGCAGAAAGAAGAUUGUUGUAAAUUCUUCGAAAAUUGGGCUGACCCAGAACAAACAGAUUUCAUUCAAUCUCUAUUAGCCAAAAUGUCUCAUCAUCAACAUAGUCAAAUCAACACUUACCUGAGACCAAUGUUAAAAAGAGACUUUAUCUCUCUUCUACCAAAGAAAGGUCUUGAUCAUGUUGCUGAGACUAUUUUAUCCUAUUUGGAUGCUGACUCUCUACGUUGUGCUGAGUUAGUGUGCCGCGAAUGGUAUCGUGUUAUAUCAGAGGGAAUGUUAUGGAGAAAAUUGAUAGAGAAUAAAGUUAAAACAGAUCCCUCAUGGAGAGGCCUAGCUCGACGAAGAGGAUGGAUCCGGUACCUUUUCAAGCCAGCUCCUGGUGAACAACAUCCAAAUCAUCUUUUCUAUCGUCGUUUGUUUCCUAAUAUAAUUAGAGACAUCGAAAAUACCGAAAGUAAUUGGAGAGGUGGUAGACAUAACCUACAACGCAUUAACUGCCGCAGCGAGAGCAGCAAAGGAGUUUAUUGUUUACAAUAUGAUGACCAGAAGAUUGUCUCUGGCCUUCGUGAUAAUACAAUUAAAAUAUGGGACCGAAAUACACUUGAGUGUUCACAUGUUCUAACUGGUCAUACAGGUUCAGUUCUUUGUUUGCAAUUUGAUGAUAAAGUAAUUGUCAGUGGCUCUAGUGAUGCUACAGUUCGGGUGUGGAAUGUUGAAGGAGGUCAACCUGUGAACACUUUGAUCCAUCAUUGUGAAGCAGUUCUUCAUUUACGUUUCAACAAUGGACUUAUGGUCACUUGUUCAAAGGAUCGAUCCAUUGCCGUCUGGGAAAUGGUCUCUCCCAGUGAUAUAACAUUAAAAAGAGUCCUAGUUGGCCAUAGAGCAGCUGUUAAUGUCGUUGACUUUGAUGAGAAAUACAUUGUUUCCGCUUCUGGAGAUAGAACUAUUAAAAUUUGGAAUACGUCUAAUUGUGAAUUUGUUAGAACCCUUAGUGGUCACAAAAGAGGAAUAGCGUGUCUACAAUACAGAGAAAAUUUAGUUGUUUCUGGUAGUUCUGAUAAUACUAUACGCUUAUGGGACAUCGAAUCGGGAACAUCAUUACGAGUCUUAGAAGGUCACGAAGAACUUGUAAGAUGCAUUCGAUUUGACAAUAAAAGAAUAGUUAGUGGAGCUUAUGAUGGUAAAAUUAAAGUAUGGGAUUUGGCUGCUGCCUUGGAUCCUCGAACCCCAAGUACAUCCCUUUGCUUACAGACUCUUGUCAAACACACUGGUCGAGUAUUCCGUCUACAGUUUGAUGAAUUCCAAAUAGUGAGCAGCUCUCACGAUGAUACAAUUCUCAUCUGGGAUUUCCUUGGUCCUGAAGUUCCAAUUAAUCAUCCAACCCCUCAAAACUCAUCGUUAUCAUCAUCUAGAUCAUGCAUUUAUCCAGACGUCUCUGCAUCUACCAAUAAUCCAUCUCAAUCGUCACCAUCUCGUUCAUUUUACAAUUCAUUAAUUUCCCCAUCUAUGUCUCGUUUAUCGCCUUCAAGAUCUAUCUCAAUGUGUCCAUCUUCAAGACCUGUAAACUCAAUUAAUUGUGGAUUCUCACCACAAGAUGAACAAAUAAUGUCAACCGGUAAUAAUAAUGGUGGUUGUAAAGAAGAUGCAUCUUCUUGCAAUCUUGGUGGUGGUAAUGGUGUCGGUGGAAAUGAGAUGAAGGAGGAAAAAUUGGAAAAAUCUCCUUCUCUCAAUUCUGCUAAUCAAUCAUUUGGUCGUCAAUCUGUUAUGGGUAAUUUAAAUAAUUGGAUUAAUGAUCUCAGUUCAGGUGCUCUUUUCCAGGGAUUAAGUUUUCUUAAUUUCCGUCGACGAGGAUCUCGUGGAUCAGCAACUGGUUCAACUUCAACAUCAUCAACUUUAUCACCUUUUUUUGCUCGAUCAGCAUCAUAUUCAGCCUCUGCUACCUCAACAACCAGAAUUUCAUCAUCAGCUGAUACAACAUCAACUACCCUUAACCGAAAUCAAGAUAUUACUCCAUAUAUGGGCUGGUCAUCUGGAUCUGAAGUUGAUGGAUUUGUUGGCCGAACACCAGCUCAGUUUUUAAAUGGAACUCUAAUUCCAACCCUGAAAACCAAAGAGAUAAUUGAAUUAGAUAAUUUUGGAGUUGUUGAAGUUGAAAAUCUAGAAUUAGGAGUAGGUCAUAAAUUUGAGCUUUAUGAGCUAAAAGCUCCUACCUGGUGUGACAGCUGUUCUCAGUUUAUUUGGACUCCUGUUGUUUACGAUUCUAAAAAUACAUCAAUACGGAUCGUUUCGCCCUUUUCGAAGACUAUACAAUGUUCUAAUUGUAAAUAUACAUGUCACAUCAGAUGCCGACCUUUAGUUAGGAUUGACUGUAAGGGGAACGUUGAAUCUAAAUCGACCGAUAUCUCAACCGCUUCCAGUCCCUCUGAUGAAAGUAAAAGUAAUAACUGUGAUGAUCUGAAAAGCGACUCGUCCGAACCAUUAACUCAAAGUGAAAUACUAGCUGAAAGUAAAGAAAACAAUAAUGAUGAUUUAGAGGCUGAGGAUAAUGAGGAAGUUCCUGAUAAUGAAGAAGAGGAAGAAAACAAAUCAGUUAAUCCUGAUGCAAUUGGUGAUAAUAAUAAUGAAGAAAGUAAACAAUCGAUUGAAUUAAAUGCCACAGAAGAAAAACAAAAAGAAGAAGAGGAAGGAAAACCAGAAGAGAAAAGGACGACAAAGAAGAAAAAUGUUUCGAAAAUAUUGAAACAAACGAAGAAACUUUAGGCAAAGACUUACGACAACUUGAAACCCAAGAAUUAAAAGAAAAAAUAAUCGAAUACAAUGAACGAUUAAAACGAUUAGGUUCCGGUCUUGGAUUAACCAUGUUAGAUGGUAAAUCUUUCAGAGGUUUUCUCCGAGUUCAC